UCUUUGCAUUUUUAGCUUCUUUCUUCCCAUACCAAACUAUCUUACUGCAAACAAAAAUGGCAGCUUCUCUCUCAACACCGACCAUUCUCUCUCUCACCCCUCCAUUUCCACUCCCCAAUUCCCACAAUCCCACUUCAAAAGCCCUCUUCUUUACCCCUCUCAAGCCAACCCCUAAAAAUCCAGUCUUGAAGCAGAAAUCGGCAUCCCAAAUUCAAGCAUCAGCGACUGAUUUUGAUCCAGGUCUUCUUCAGCAGGCCAUCCAGCUGGUCAAAUCAUCGCCUCCCACGUGGCAAUCCGCGCUUCUCAGCAACGCCGCGAUCUUCGUCUUGGGCUCCCCGGUUCUCCUCUCCGGAUUGUCGCCGCCCGGAUUUGCGGCGGCGUUCUUGCUCGGGACCCUCACGUGGCGCGCCUUUAGCUACUCUGGGUUCCUUCUUGUGGCUACUUACUUUGUCAUUGGAACGGCCGCGACAAAGGUGAAAAUGGAGCAGAAGGAGGCUCAAGGGGUUGCUGAGAAAAUGAAAGGAAGGCGAGGACCGGGAAGUGUGGUUGGAUCAAGUGCUGCCGGCUGUGUUUGUGCAGCCCUCUCAAUCUCCGGAAUCGGUGGAGUGGCACUUGCUCCCCUUUGGAAACUUGGGUUUGUCGCUAGUUUCUGUACCAAACUCAGCGAUACUGUCUCGAGUGAGAUAGGGAAAGCAUAUGGCAGGACGACUUACCUAGUCACAACAUUCAAGAUAGUCCCAAGGGGUACUGAAGGGGCCGUUAGUCUUGAAGGAACUCUUGCUGGAAUUUUAGCUUCGGUUCUUCUUGCUUCUGUCGGUGUUGUUCUUGGUCAGAUAAACAUACCACAAGUCGUCAUCUGUGUAAUUGCUUCCCAGAUUGCUAAUCUCGGAGAGAGUAUCAUCGGUGCAGUAUUCCAAGAAAAAGAAGGGUUCCAAUGGCUUAACAAUGACGCGGUCAAUGUCCUAAAUAUAUCCAUGGGCAGCAUUUUGGCAAUCCUUAUGCAGCAACUGUUCCUCCAAAACUGGCUCACAUAGAGGCUGGUACGCAACGGCUAACUUGCUUAAUUCGCUAAUUAAUCACUGUGUAGCUGCCACCAGCCGACUCUUGAGUUUGAGCCGGAUAAACUGACACAAUAAAACGAAAUGGAAGAGUGAAGGGCGAAUCCAUCUUCACAGUUACCAAAAUCUCUUUCAUUUCAAUGACUAACUAACAAGAGAGAGCUGCAGAAGAGCAGUUUGGGCUGUGAAUUUGGAAUUGGUGUUGGAUUUGAAGCCAAGUGUGAAUUUAGGCUUACUGUUGUAUGAAUUUUGCAUUCAUUGUUGAUAAUGAAAAGUGGAAAGUCUUCAACCAUUAUUCUGUCUGUUGUAUGAAAUGAGGUCUGAGGUUUCACUCGUGUUUUCCUCUUACA